CCCCCGCCCUCUCUCCUUUAGAUAUAAAUUCAGGUGAUCUCAUCAUGCAGAGAAAACAGAUUAAAUCCUCAAAACCCUCCAUUUUCAUCUUCAUCGCCAUGGCCUGCCUUAUCUCUCUCACCCUCCUCUCCCUCCUCGUCAUCUUUUCCAUUUCCUCUGCAAAAUCACAUCAUCCAUCACCAAGCCAUAAACCUAGUCCAACAUUUUCUUCCGCCUCUCCCGAGAUCAUCCACCAAGCCUGCAAAGCAACCCGGUUUCCAGAUUCAUGCGAGGGCGCUUUGAUUCAGUCCUCCAAUCUGACCCAGAAUGCAAAACCCAUCGAGAUCGUCCAAGCGGCCAUGUCCAUAUCCGCUCAGAACCUCAAGACCGCCCAGUCUAUGGUGAAAACCAUCCGAGACACCUCUUCCGACAACCUGAACCGCUCCAAGGCGGCCAUGACCUGCCUGGAGGUUCUACACAACUCAGAAUACCGGCUCUCAUCGGCGGCUGACGUGUUGCCAGGUGGCAGGAUCAAGGACGCCCGGGCUUGGAUGAGCGCGGCCCUUUGUUACCAGUACGAUUGCUGGUCGGGCCUAAAGUACGUCAACGAUAGUCAAAGGGUCAACCAAACCAUGGCUUUCAUGGACUCGUUGAUUGGGCUGACCAGCAAUGCACUCAGUAUGAUGAUCUCCUACGAUCUCUUCCAGGACAAGCUCGAGUCUUGGAGACCCCCAAUGACGGAGAGAAACGGUUUCUGGGAGGACGGUGGGGUCGGCGGGUCAGGUUCCGGGUUCAAGGGCGGUUUUCCGUCGGGUUUGUCAGCGGACAUUACCGUCUGUAAGGAGGAGGGUUCCGGCUGUUACAAGACGGUGCAGGCCGCGGUGGACGCUGCCCCCGAUAACCAGUUAGCUCGUAAGUUUGUCAUCUGUAUCAAGACCGGUGUGUACGAUGAGAUCGUACGGGUCCCACUUGAGAAGAAGAACCUCGUCUUUAUAGGUGAUGGCAUGGGCAAAACCGUCAUUACGGGCUCCUGGAAUGCGGGCCAGUCUGGCAUUACAACUUAUAACACAGCAACCGUCGGAGUUUUAGGAGACGGUUUUAUGGCUCGAGACCUAACGAUACAGAAUACGGCCGGACCGGAUGCGCACCAAGCCGUGGCACUCCGGUUGGAUAGUGACCUAUCGAUCAUAGAGAACUGUGAGCUCCUGGGCAACCAAGACACUCUCUACGCCCACUCCCUGCGUCAGUACUACAAGGGCUGCCGCAUCGAAGGCAACGUUGACUUCAUCUUCGGCAACUCGGCUGCAGUGUUCGAGGACUCGCUCAUCCUGGUCCGGCCUCGACAGGUCAACCCGGAGAAAGGUGAGACCAAUGCAGUGACAGCUCAUGGCCGGACCGACCCGGCCCAGUCCACAGGGUUCGUUUUCCAAAACUGCGUCAUCAAUGGAACGGAUGAAUACAUGGGCUUGUACUACAGCAAGCCCAAGGUUCACAAGAACUUCUUGGGGAGGCCAUGGAAGGAGUACUCAAGAACAGUUUUCAUACAUUGUUAUCUGGAAGCCCUCAUUAGUCCACUGGGGUGGUUGCCAUGGAGCGGCGACUUUGCACUCUCGACGCUCUAUUACGGCGAGUUUGAGAAUUCCGGUGCUGGUACAAAUGUGACUGGUAGGGUGAACUGGAGUAGUCAGAUACCCGAUAAACAUGUCCAUGCCUAUUCUCCCCAGAAUUUCAUUCAAGGGGAUCAGUGGAUCCCUACGUCUUCCUGAU